GUGCUUUCGAUCACAUGAACAUCUCCUCAGCUUUCUCUUCCUCUUUUUUUGGCUGCUUCUAUCUCUGUGUUUUCUCGCGACGUUUUCUCAUAAGGUAUAUGGUCAUCGAUGGAUACCAAUCUCGGCAUAUCUGGAAUAAUCAACUCUACCCACUAAGGAACACAUUCAUCAUCUAUCAACUCUGUUUUUGACUACUCAUAACUCACUGGGGCGAAGCAUAGAGAUUCGAAACAGUUUAUAAUUACUCUGCUUUCAAACAUUUUCGACGAAAUAAUCGCAUGCCUGUCACAUGCAGUGCUGUAUAAUAAUCAAUGAACGAAUGGAAUAGAACCUGAAUUAACAUGGGUAAACUAAAUACCUGGAGCUGAAUGUGCCGCAUGUGACUAAACUCCAUUUCCAUUCGCAAGAUUCACAACAAAACCGAUGAAAAUCCCGCAUUCAUUUUCAUCGACCAACUGAUUGUAGAAACGAUGAAGUGAUGAAUGAGUAACAACGAAACGACAAUGUCAGAUUCUGAGCGACUGCGCCUGGUGAUUCUUGGAGGUGCAGGUGUAGGAAAAAGCUCAAUAAUCAAAAGAUUCCUCAGCAACACGUACACCAGCAGGUACCGUAGCACCAUAGAAGAUUUGUACAGCCGGGAAUAUGACUUAGGGCAUAUGACGUUGAAAGUUGACAUCUUGGACACUGCCGGUGACAUGCAGUUUCCUGCAAUGCGUAGGCUUUGCAUAGCUACUGCACAUGCGUUUCUUCUAGUGUACGCAGUGACAUCUGCGCCAUCUUUAGAAUGCAUCAAGCAAUGUUUCGAAGAAAUAAGAGAGCAAAGAGGGGAUUUUCAAGAUAUUCCUAUCGUGGUGGCCGGAAACAAGCUUGACUUGACUUCGACACAUCGUGAACUACCAAAAGAGGAUGUUUCCGAAUGGGUAUAUUGCGAGUUGCCAAAAUUGAGAGUGAAAAUCCUGGAGUGCUCUGCCAAGGACGAUAUCAACAUCAGAGAAAUAUUCUGCACGUUCCUCUCGCUAUCCCGGAUACUCCCAAAAGACACCGAAGACACUAGUGGAUUGAAACGACAGUCUAGCGCUUACCAUUCUAAUAAAGGUAGAAAAAAAACUGCUUGUCCUGCACUAGAAAAAGCUACCACUUCAGAUGGAAAGGACUCGCUCCAGAAACCAAGGUCUAGGUCAUUGAUCAGGAGAGCCAGUAAGAAAACGAAGCAGCAGAUGAGGGAAGUGCAGCCUGGAUCGGACGAUUGUUACGUGUCUUAGAUAUGUAUUCGUCAUCGUUUUUGCUGAUAUGAUUUUUGUUAUCAUGCAGUUGACAUAUUUGAUUCAAAUUCAAUUUUCAAGAUAUCGUUUUUGGAGAUUGAGAUCAAAUAUUGAAACUGCAGAUACAAAAGUAUCCCCUUAUUUCACUAUGCAUUCAUGUAUUUUAACGGGAUUCGAAAACAGCUACAUCAACUUUGCGGACCAAAAAUAGCCAGCCAGAACCGUUAUUUCUUAAUUAAAUCAAUGUGUCUUUGUCCAUAAGAAUAUUUGCUGAAUAGGAGAACUGCCUUAUAUUCAUGCAGUAUUUUCAGGAUGUGUUAAUAUAAACAGGGUUUAUAUAGGUGUUAGAUUUGAAUCAUAGGUGUUAGAUUCCAGUCUCAUCCAGAUUCACAUCAUUUAUAAAUUGAAAGUAUUUCGUCUGAUCGAUUUCAUGCGGAAUUCACUGAAUUCAAAAUGAUCAACGACAAAGAAAUUCAGGAUUCAACCCUUAACUACUACCAGAAACAUGAAUAGCUCAAGUACUACUGAUGGGUCAGAGUGACCUAGUUUCAUAUUCAUGCCAAGAAUUUAAAAAAGUCGGCAACAAAGCAAAACAUUCAUUUAUUUAAAUGAUAUAUCAGUCAAAUGUUCACAAAACAAAAUCAGUUCAAGCAGUUAGGACAAACUUUGAAUGCACAUUGUUGACGAAUAAACUUUUUACAAAUUCAAGAAGUUUUGGUGCAGUAGCAUGCAAUUAUCCAGUGGUUAUUCCGAUUUCAAUUCUAUUGUGGUUCAAUCUGACCCUGUCAGUGAUCUGAUUUGAUUAUUAAUCUCUGUCAGCCAUUGACUUGUAUACCAUUGGAUUGUCGUAUUUAUUCAUCAUAUGGUUGGAUUGCAUAAAGGGUGAACCUUGUACAUGGGUAGGUGAGAUUGUAAUUAUGUCCAUACAAAACUAUUCGUGUAAUUCAGAUUGAUAUUCCUUAGGUGAGUCGAUGUAUUAUCAAAUUAUUCUCUAUUGUUCGAUACUCGAUACUUACAACAUCCUGUAGAUAAUAAAUAUAUGCACUUCAACUGAUACAGGAGAAAAUCAUUUUGUAUGGAAUACUGAGUAUUCAACAGAUCAGACUAUAUUCCACAACAACAAAACUACAAAACAUG